CAGGAAGAAUCAUAUGGGAAAUCCCAGUGUUCUGUCAUAUUCUCCGAAGCCAGUCAGUGCGGGACGUCAUUUGAUCGCGCCGUUCACCAUGGCGAUGCUGGCUGAACCCCGCAGGAAGCAGAAGUGGUCGGUGGACCCCAGGAACAGCGCCUGGACCAAAGACGAGUCCAAGUUCGGGCAGAAGAUGCUGGAGAAGAUGGGUUGGUCCAAGGGCAAGGGUCUCGGGGCUCAGGAACAAGGAUCCACGGAGCACAUCAAAGUUCAAGUGAAGAACAACACUAUGGGCCUUGGAGCUUGCAACAAUUAUGAGGAUAAAUGGAUCGCCCAUCAAGAUGAUUUCAACCAACUUCUGGCCGAACUGAAUGAUUGCCAUGGCACAGCAAGCUCUGAUUCUCCCGCCAACGACAGCAAAAAAUCCUUCAGCCUGGAAGAAAAGUCCAAGACCUCCAAGAAGCGAGUCCAUUACAUGAAGUUUGCCAAAGGAAAGGACCUGUCUUGUCGCAGUGACACCGAUCUGGCCUGCAUCUUUGGGAAACGGGAGAAAAGGAAGAAGUCGGGUCAGGAUGAAGCUGAUGCAGAAUCUGAAAAAAACGAUGCAGAAAGUGAAGAAAAGGAACAAGAGAGCCCAAGCCCUAAAAAUGAGGCUGAGCUGGGUAAUACGGUGACCAGUUCUUUAUCGGUAACUCAAUACUUUGCCCAACGAAUGGCAGAGCUUAAAAAAUCUCAGUCCAGGCAUACACAGGCUGUCCAGCAGAGCGCCGAGGCCAGCCCAGCAGACAGCUUAGACGGUUCUACCGAGCCCAAGAAAAAACACAAAAAGAAGAAACCUAGUCGGAAUGAUGGUGACUAUGAGAAUGGGUCGAAGCUGGUGGAAAGGAAUGAGGAAGAAGAUCCCGUACAUGAAAGGAAAAAGCCAAAAAGCAAAAAAAAUCGCUGUGAGAUCACUACUAAUGGUGCAGAGGAACAAGAGGAGCCUCAACAAGCCCAGGAGGAUGAACUGAAGAGAAAGAAAGGGAAAAACAAAAGGAAUAAAGAGGCUUUGGACCAGAUUGAAAAGAAGGAAGAUACUACUUUUCCGAUUGAGGAUGCUUCUGCUGAGGAACCAAAGAAGAAGAAGAAAAAGAAGAAUAAGAAGCAAAAGUCCCAUGAUUAAAUAGUUUUAGUACCAUAUUAAAAUAGCAAUAUACAAUUGGAGACUCUUCUAUAUACCCUUCUACCCUUUUGAUAAGAUAUUUUUAUGAAUGCUGGGUGCACAUUGCAUCUGGUGAUUACCAUUCACAACUUUCAUGGCUGCUCAGGGGACUUUGCUACAGUAAUCCCACCCAUGAAGAGCGCCCCAGCAUCAGGGAAGGGAAAAUACAGAGGGCAUCUUUCCUGUGAGCCAGCAGUGAAGUGUAUGGAGCCAUUCGACUCAGUCCACCUUGGCUGGGGCUCGUUCUUCGGGUAUUUGGAUUACGUUCAGAGCGCCCCCACGUGACACCCACCUGUAUUUAUGAAUUUGUACUGUAACUGCUAGAUACAAUUUACUUAUCACUGCCAAAAUGUCUUGAAUGAAGCAGCAUGAAAUGGAAAA